UGCCAUUUACUUGGUGUCUCAAUGCUUAGGGGAUGAAUGGACGGCUUUUUGCAGUUGAGGCCCCUGCAGCCUUUGGCCAUGUGCAGGCAAGAGGCCCACGCACUUUGAUGUCAAGUUUUCGAGAUUCCUUCUUAUCCUGCGGCAUUUUUUGUCUUCGUCAUCUAGGGUCAUCAUUUAGAGCUAUGCAGCCGGAGAAUACAGAGCCGCCUCCUGAGCUGUCUGCACCAGAACCUGAAGUAGAGCAUGAAGGGGAGCCGGCGACCCCGCAGAAGGCUGAGCCUGUCGUUUUCGCAUCACCUGCCGAUCCUCGGCAUAUAGAGGAGCUGUGCAGAAGAUUUGCCCGAAGUUUCACCAUAGAUGCCGCGGAGCACCGUGCAAUUUCCUCCGUGCAGCUCACAGAUGUACUGACGUUUGCCCUCACGGGCUGCUGGCAAUGGGAUGAGGCACAGCUGAAGGCGCACAGCCUGAACCACUACGACGUGAUGAAGUGGCUGAUCAAGCCCACCACUGAGGCUAGGUGCUGCUCCUUUGUGGAGCUGGUGGCGUCAGAAGCCCAGCCUCCGGACUUCUUCCUGAGCCACUACUUCGGCCAGCCUGUGCGGGACGUCCUGGACUCUGUGCGGCAACAGCUCAGCACACGGCAGCUGGUUGAGGAGACGACCUUUUGGAUGUGGGCCUACGCACGUCGCCAUGAUGAGAGCGUUGUGCCAGACAGGCUGCACUCCACAGCCUUUCAGGCCAUGGGCCUUUCCAGCGGGAUUCUCCUGCCCCUUGGGACCACCUCAGUUCCUUUGAGCAGGACCUGGUGUUUGCUGGAGGUGGCGCUGGCAGUCCUGGAGCUGCAGAAGCCGUUGGAUAUCGUGGCGUCAGCCUUGCAAGGUCCGGUGCUUCUGACGCAGGACCUGACAGAACCCGAGCGGAGAAUGGAGGGCAAGCUCGCAGGCGCUGGAUUCCGGGAAAAGAACCAUCGGGAGCAGGCGUUCCCAGCGGACAUCCUGAUAGCGGCACUUGAUAUCGGGCUCGAAAGGUCAGAUGCUGCCAGCAAGAUGGACCGCAACCGUCUACUUCACAAGUUCGUGGAGGAGGGCGGCGAAGCCUUUGCCAUGCCGCACCGGCAAUUUGACAAAAUCAACGUGAAGCUGCGCGGUUUGUUCGCCUCCAUGAUGUGGCUACAAGUGGUGGAGAGCGACAGGCUACCCCGCAACUCCGUGGCAGAAUGCACCAAGGCAAACGUCUCCAAGGACUCCUUUGUGGUGAACGUAUGUAAUUCGAGGAUGGAUGACUCCAGCAUGCAUUACCUUUCCCGCGCCCUGCACAAGAACCUGGCCAGGGUGGACUUGAACUUCUGGAUGUGCCCAAAGAUAUCAGCCAAGGGGGUGGAAGACCUGGUGAGGCUCAUGCCAGCGAAGCUGAAGACCGUGAACCUCAACUUCAAGCUCUGCCCUGGAGUAGGGCAAGGUGGCCUGGAUGCUGUAUCCAAUUCCUUUCCAUCAGGGCUGACAUCAUUGCAUCUCAACUUCAGCUUCAACUCGGAGAUCCGAAGUCUGGCAAGCCUUUGUCAGAGCAUCAGGAGUUUGCAGUCGCUGAAGUUUCUGGACUUGGACGUCUCCGCAAUUGAGAAGAUCAGCGACAAGAGCUUGCUAAUGCUCGCUCAGACGCUGGAACUGAGCAGGAUCAAGAACCUCUUCUUAUCCUUCCGUUCCUGCACAUCUGUGACCGACGUGGGCAUCGAGGCCAUUGCGGGCGCGCUGCCUGACAGCUUGACGCUCCUAAAGCUGGACCUCGCGGACUGCAACAUCUCUGACGCCAGCGUGGACGCCUUGGCCGGAAGACUGCAGCUCUUGCCCGAGAUCGGCGUGAUCCAGGUGAGUUUGCAGGGCUGCCAGGAGGUCACGGAGGCCUCCGUGGCGCGCUUCGCUGGCAAGCUGCCGCGGUCCUUGAAGGGCGCGAAGCUGGACGUUUGCGACACCUCGGUGCCCAAGGAGGUCCAGAGGCUGUGCCGCCGCUUGCCCACGAUGCGCGGGUGGAUGCCCCACCAGAAAGCGGCCCAGGCACCGGCCACCACAAGCUGCGGCCCGGCGCCGGUGGUCAAAGUGGGCCUCACCCUGGAGAGUUUGGACCUCUUCCUGCACCGGGGCCAUGUGUCCCGAAGCGCGGCUCAUCUGAACCUCGCCCUUAAGGCCAAGGGGGUCAAGGUCAAGGCUCCCAAGGCACCUGAGCCGGAGCGCACGGGCAGAGCCUUCAGUGAGCCUUAUUUGCGACAGUUCAAAGCCUUGCUGCCCAAAGUGGCACGGCCUGCGAAAGGAAAUGCCAUAGCCUUGAUGGCGCAGCCGGAGUGCAUGUACUCCAGGCCAAGGACAACACACAACGGCUUCUCCGAGCCUAUUUGGUUCCCAUGACCCAUCGCACCCCAUCGCACUCCAUGAAUGGAGCUUUGAUGUUUAGCAGUGCCUCACCUUGAAAAGGUGGAAAGGCGAGAGCUGCUCAGCUU